UUUGUAAACAUUUUGUAAGCCAGAGGAUUUUGACUUAGAAUAAGGAAUUUGAAUAAAUGCAGAAAUGAGCGAGGAAACCGAUAUCCUCGGCGUGACCCUUACCUACAGCGAACUACAGGCCAUAGAUCAGGAAGACAUCAUUCUUCUGAUCGACGUGGACUCGGCUGUAAAUAUCUGCAAGGAAUCUCUGGCAAACGAAUCCGCGAAUCCUGUGGAUGUCUUGACAUUAUGGUUCAGUAAACUCUUAAGGGCGUAUAUUGAUGAAUCAGUGUGCUGCAUCCAAGCGGUGAAGGAGAUGUGCAAGUGGUUCCAAAUGGAAUCAGAGGCUGGUACCGAAAUCAAUACCGCUCAUAUGAAACUCUUUGAAGAGGCUCUUUCCUUUAUCAUCGCAUCCAAGGAUCCUUUGUUGACAGCGGGAGAACGCCUGGUUCAUAUAUUUACCUAUCUUAUGCUCUCGAUGAUAGCCUUUUUCUUAGAAGGGAGCGACAGUGGUGACCAUCAGCUUCUUGCAGAUCUUCAGUAUGCUGUGCUAUCUGUGCUAAAACAGAAUACCUCAGGCUCGAGCAAAGUCCACCCCCGUCUUACUCCCUUGAUGCAAAAGAUAAUGGAAAUAGCCGAUUGUGAAAGGAAACGAUAUAAGGAUCUGGACUUACCUGCAAGGACAAGCGAGACGAUUACUUACAUGUGCUUGCACUACAUGUCACACGUUGAUCUCAAGGAUGAGCAAAUUCCCGAAUGGCUAAAGGAAACGGUUUCGCACCUAUGUGAAAUGAUCCUUAGUUACUUGGAGGAUCUUUAUAUAGACGGCUCACUGACUAUCCCCGAAAAGAAAUUGGAAGACUUUAUGGACGUAAUGCAGACCUACUGUUCAAUGUUGCUGCAGAUUUUCAAAAAUGGCAUAACCCAAAUUGACGAGGAUAUGGCUGCUUGUCUCAUGGAUUUAGUAAUGUCUGAGCAAACGAUGCCCUCAUAUUAUUCUGACAAGGAUAUGCAAAGGCUUAUCUCUACGUAUGUAAGACCGCAUGUAAUGGAACUUUAUGACUUUGUUUACUCAUUCCAAAAAUGUCAAGAGUAUUUAAUAUCCGGUAUUCUGUGUACACCAGAAUUUGAUUACUUCAAUGUUAGUAUGGACUUUAUAAAUGCUGUAUCUACAGACGACGCAGAUGUACUUCCAAAUACUUGUCGAACAUUAGUCCAAAUCUUCGAAUAUUUGUUUAAAGAUGCCACCAACUUUAUCAAUGCGGAACGCUAUGAACUUGCAAUUGAUGCCUUUGGUAGUCUUUUGUAUUUGGUGCCAAACAGAGAGCUGCUUAAUUAUUUUUUUGCUGGCCUAUUCAAAAAAGAUAUUUUAACGUCGCAAGUGUGCGCGGAUAUACUCAUGCUGUAUUUUCGCCUUAAGGAGGUUAAUCAGUGUUGGACAGACAAGGACGUACAACAAUCUAUAGCUUUCUGGAGUAAGUGCAAUAAUUCGUACGCCAUGUUCUCACAAAAUCCCAGCCAAUGGCAUGUGCAGAGAUUUCUGAGGUAUUUUCACCACUUGGCAAAGCGAGGGCUUCCUGCCUUGAGCAUCCGAAACUUUCGAAACCUAUCUGCUGUAGCAAAACCAGAUGCCCAAGUGGGAAUAAAGCUAUUGAAUCGCUUGGAACACAUCUCGUUAUCAGCGCCCUCGCAAGUCGAAAUCUACUAUGAAAUGGCUGCUCUUCUAGAACUGUUAGUGCAUCAGACACAAACAGACUGCUCCCAGUGGUUUCAAAGGACAUCCGAAAUGGCCAAGGAACUUAUGAGCACUGACAAUAGUUCCACCUUUACUAGUGCCUAUUUCAGGCUGCUGGUUCGUGGGAACAAAUCAACGCAACUACUGAUAUUACGGGGACUAAACACUGCUAAUAAUUGCACCAACUGGCAGCGACAAAAGUUCCUCGACUCUUGCAAAUCCAGCGAUGAUGCCCAACUAAGAGUGUUCAGUGCCCGCCAUGUCAUGGGUGUUGAUGUUCAACCAUUGUUUGAGGUCUUGCGACUGAAACCGGGUACUCUGGAUGCAUCGCUAGAUAGCUCAUUUGACGUCAGUAAAUCAAGCUACACGCGUCACUUGGAACAUCAUUGCCCAAGCUCUGGCCGUAAACGUAAGCGGAGUGAAAUAACGGCCAAGGAAAUCCUGCGUGAAAUCUACGAGAGCUCACUCCAACUGGGCCAGUCUAGUGGGGCCUUCGAUGAAGCCGACUGGGAUCUGUACAAAAAAGUGAUGACCAAUUUGAGUAGGAUCGAUCCAAGACCAUAAACUUUGCUCACAAUUUCAAUUUCCUUCAGGGUAAUUCUGGUUUACACAGUGUGAUGCAAGUAUUUUUUAUCGCUUUAGGAUAUAAAAUCGUCUUGAAUUAGAAUACCUUAUGAAAAGUAUUAGGGUUUAGGCCAUAGAAAUAAAUUGUAAAUAAAAUAUAAAUACUCACCCGCAAA